CGCCGCCGCCGCCGCCGCAGCCGCCGCAGCAGCAGCAGCCGCCGCCCCAGGCCCCCCCCAUGGAGCCCGAGGCCCCGGAUUCCCGCAAGAGGCCCCUCGAAACGCCCCCCGAGGUGGUCUGCACCAAGCGCAGCAACACGGGAGAGGAAGGCGAAUACUUCCUGAAGGUGCUGAUCCCCAGCUAUGCAGCAGGCUCCAUCAUUGGCAAGGGCGGGCAGACCAUCGUGCAGCUGCAGAAGGAGACAGGAGCCACCAUCAAGCUCUCUAAGUCCAAAGACUUCUAUCCGGGAACCACAGAACGAGUAUGCCUGGUACAGGGCACAGCAGAGGCCUUGAAUGCUGUGCACAGCUUUAUUGCUGAGAAGGUCCGAGAAAUCCCACAAGCAAUGACCAAGCCUGAGGUGGUCAACAUCCUUCAACCCCAAACCACGAUGAACCCUGACAGAGCCAAGCAGGCCAAGCUGAUCGUCCCCAACAGCACCGCGGGCCUGAUCAUCGGCAAGGGGGGCGCCACAGUGAAAGCCGUGAUGGAACAGUCGGGUGCCUGGGUGCAGCUGUCGCAGAAGCCAGAGGGUAUCAACCUUCAGGAGCGAGUGGUGACCGUCAGCGGCGAACCGGAGCAGGUGCACAAGGCCGUGAGCGCCAUCGUGCAGAAGGUACAGGAAGACCCCCAGAGCAGCAGCUGCCUCAACAUCAGCUACGCCAACGUGGCUGGCCCCGUGGCCAACUCCAACCCCACCGGCUCACCGUACGCCAGCCCCGCCGACGUGCUGCCCGCCGCCGCCGCCGCCUCGGCCGCCGCCGCCUCCGGCCUGCUGGGCCCCGCGGGGCUGGCGGGCGUGGGCGCCUUCCCCGCCGCCCUGCCGGCCUUCUCGGGCACCGACCUGCUGGCCAUCAGCACGGCGCUUAACACGCUGGCCAGUUACGGCUACAACACCAACUCCCUCGGCCUGGGCCUCAACUCGGCCGCGGCCUCCGGGGUCCUGGCCGCCGUGGCCGCUGGUGCCAACCCCGCCGCCGCCGCCGCCGCCAACCUCCUGGCGUCCUACGCGGGGGAGGCCGGGGCCGGGCCCGCCGGAGGGGCCGCCCCGCCGCCGCCGCCGCCCCCCGGGGCCCUGGGCUCCUUCGCCUUGGCCGCCGCCGCCAACGGCUACCUCGGGGCCGGGGCGGGCGGCGGGGCGGGCGGCGGGGGUGGCCCGCUGGUGGCCGCCGCAGCCGCAGCCGGGGCGGCCGGGGGCUUCCUGACGGCGGAGAAGCUGGCCGCCGAGAGCGCCAAGGAGCUGGUGGAGAUUGCGGUGCCUGAGAACCUGGUGGGGGCCAUCCUGGGCAAAGGGGGCAAGACGUUGGUGGAGUACCAGGAGCUGACAGGCGCCCGCAUCCAGAUCUCCAAGAAGGGAGAGUUCCUGCCGGGCACGCGGAACCGGCGGGUCACCAUCACGGGCAGCCCUGCGGCCACGCAAGCCGCUCAAUACCUCAUCAGCCAGCGGGUCACCUACGAGCAGGGAGUGAGGGCCUCAAACCCCCAGAAAGUGGGAUGAGGCCUGUGGUGUGUGCUCCCACCCUCCUCCUGCCCCUCCUCCUCCUCUUCCUUCUCCUCCCCUCCCCCGCCCCCCCCAACCCCAACUCCUGACCUCAGCUCGGGUGUCGUCCUGCUCCUCGUGGGAUGGGGCUGGGUAGGCCUGACUGCACCCCCCCUUCUGGUAGUCAUAGGCAGGAUUGAGUGAUGGCUGGGGAUGGGGCCCAGAAGCUCCCUCCCCAGCUCUGAACUGACUCCUUCUUCCUUCCUCCCUAUGCUUGACUGGGGCCUGACCCUCCUCUCCCAGGGCCCGGGUCUGUGUGAUAUCUGUAUAUAUUGCAUUUUGUUGAUUUUAAUAGAAAACAAAGCGUUAUUUUCUCUUUCUUUCCCUCCUUUUUUUUUCUUUUUUCUUUUUUUUUUCCUUUCCUUAUUUUUUUUCUUUUUUUCUUUUCCCCGUUUUUUUUGUUUUUUUGUUUUUUUUUGGUAAGGAUUCCCCCCCCCCACUUUGUAAGUUUUAAUUUCCAUAUGGGAGGAGGGGAGGGAGCCUCUGGGCCACCUAGAAUGAGGGGCCUCCCCUAAACAACACCCCACCUCUUCUGCUUUCAGUUCCAGAUCUGGGAGAAGGGAUGGGAGUAGAGGUAGCAGAGGAGUCUGAGCUGAAAUGGGGUAUUUGGAGCAGGGACCCCAGAGUUUCCAGAUUUGCUCAGCGACUCUACCCCUUUUGGAGUUGCCUCUCCCAGGUGGGGCUGAUCACUGUUUUGUUGUCAGGUCAUAUGGGGUGAGGGUGUGCAGUGCUGCUGGGAAUGAGGCCAGUUCUGGGAUUGGUCCAGUCCUGUGGGCAAGACUCUUGUGAGAAGCCAGAACAACUUCCUGUGGCAUCUUCUAUGGUUUUACCUAGAGUAAUGGGAGUGAAGGUCCCUGUUGGGAUGUCACAGUGUCAAGUACUUUUCUGGGGUGCCACUGGCACUCCUUACGAUGUCACAGGAAAUAGUUCCCCAGAGGUCACUUCCUGUGAUGAUAGGACAGACAGGUACUUCCUAUGAUGUCUCAAUGGGCCUUCCUCGAAGGUUACUUCAACGACAUCAUGGGAGCAUGUACUUCCUGUGGUAUCUCCAGGUUAUUUCCUGUGACAUCAUUGGGAUGGAGCAUGCACUUCCUGAAUUGGGCCAUGGCCAGUCACUGACUCUCUUCUUCACCCGUACCCCUCUCUGGUGGGUCUUGGCCUGGAGGGUCUGCCUAGGAAGAGAAUAAGGGGUGGGACUUGGAAUCAUAUCUGGAGGACUCUAAGGAAAAAGACCCAAUAUUGUCAGGGUCAUCUCUAUCCAAAUACACCAAGUCUGUGAACUCACCUGGCAGGGAGGGGUGGGAGAUGGAGCUAGUGAAAACUGUUAAGACCCCCAUUCCCACCCCCGCCUUUCGUGUGCAUGCUUGUGUCUGCGUGGCUUUGUUCCAUUGAGUCUGGUGAGCCAAAUGUGUGGUGGCUCUGUCAGGCCACCAUGACCCAGUGUAGAGUUCAGUGAGCCACACAGUAGGGUCCCUUGAGCUGGAAUGCUUCGUGUGGUCUGAUAGAUUAGAUUGGCUUGUGGUUUCUAGCAAGUUGGAGUACUUUGAUAGUAUCCGAGGGAUCAGAAUGUUUUGGUGCUCUUGCCAUGGGCCCUGAGGAGCUAGAAUGUUCUAGCAAUGGAGUCUGCCAAGCCAGGCAGCCCUGAGAGUUGGUUUGGGAGUGGCUCCCUGAGCACUGUGGCUAUGGUCAGCUCUAAGACCUUGUUGGCAGGCUGAGAUUUCAGGGCCUGACAACCCUAUGGACUUAGAAUAGCUGAGACCCACCUCUACCCUCAUCCAUCUCCCCCUCCCCCUUGGAGACCACCUACACUUCCUCCAACCCAAAGCAGGGCCCCCAGUGCCCUGGUUCCAUCAUCAGCAUCUCUGGGGGAGGGGCACCCCCAUGCCCACCCUCUCCCCCGUUUGUCCCCCUCCUAGGUCUUCCAGACCCUUCUCUACUCCAUGGCUUUGGGGGAAUCAGGCCUCCUCGUCUCUCUCCCACAAAGGGAGAGAAGAAAAGCCAGAGACAAUUCCUACCCCUAAAGCCUGGGAGACCCCUGCCCCUCGCUAGAGAGCCACCCCCAAAUCAAAAUGUGAAAAUCCCUAGAAAGCAAUAGCCUUCAAGGUACCUUGCACUGAAUUUCCCACCCCGGCCCUUCCACCUGAUGGGAGGCUGUAGCUUGGGCACUAGGGUGACUUUUUCCAUGCCCUCUUCAUCUCCAGGGUGGAGGGCAGGCCCCAUUUCCCCAUCCCCCACCUCCCAUCGCUGCUGCCCCCACCCCUAAUCUCCAGAUUGAACCCAGAUGGAGAUUCGAGUGCCAAAACAAUUCUUGAUGUAACUUUGUACAUAUCUUCUGCAAGGGGUAGGGAGAAGUGGCCCUAUGGGCCACUGCUCCCCUCUGCCUCUCAAAAGACCCUAUGGUAUUUCACAGUAUCUCCACCCACAGUGGGUAUUGCAGUGUCUAGCUGGGAUAUCCCCCCUACAGCCCCCCCCCCCAGGCCCCUAUGAGGAGGGGAAGGAGCCAGGGAGAGGUAAAACAUGGUCUGGGAGUGGGGAGGUGGGAUUUGAAAGCGCUCAUUUGCAUAUCAUUUGCAUCCUCUGCUGCCCUGGUUUGUCAGAUGCUUUCUAGAGCCCCUUUUGCAGGAAGCUGGGUUCCAAGCAGUGGGACCCAGUACUUUUCUCACACAGACACGUCUCUGGAGGCUGGGCCUCCCGAAAAGUGUUCCCUUGGGGUAUCUGUGUGACAACCCCCUCCCUAUUCACAUUUCUCGGGGACCCCCUACCCCACCAGCCAGGGCUAUCUGAAAGGUAGUUUGCUAGCUCAGUGAGCUAGUUCACUCACCAGGUUGGUGAGUGGAGAGCCACACACCUUUCCCUGUUUUUACCCUAGGAAGCUCAUGCUACCAUCUUCUCCAUCCCUUGAAAGUCUUUUCUGCAUUCUGACCUCAAUCUUUUGUGCUGCAAUGUGUCCAGAGGGGACACAGAUGUGGGGUCAGGGAUGGGGAUCAUUGAAAACCCACUGCCUCUCCCCCCCCUUCCCUAUUAGCCAAUCAGAUCUCAGAGACUCUGAGCGGCCUCCUUGCACCCUGCUCUUCAGCACCCAGUAGGUGCUUAAUAAGUGUUUGCUGCAUUGAAUUGUCUCCACAUUCCUUCCCAUUUGCCCUCGGGCUCCUAACAUCUUCCCCCGAGUGUACCCUCCCCCUCUUUCUUGGGCUCCCUCUGGCUUUCUACUUUCUCUCCUUGUGGCUCCCAUUGUUACCUGUCCUGUCUCUAUCUUUGUCUGUCUUUUCCCUUCUUCUCACCCCUCUCAACUCUUUCCUCCGCCCACCUCCCCCUUGAUUAAAAAAAAAAAAAGUGCCAAACUUCCUUGGAACUGAGCCGCUCUGGGGGGAGGGAACCUCAGAUAGAGGGGAGGAAAUGGGACCAUCUCUCUUGGAGGAGGCCCUAAGAGGCAUUGAAAAAGUCUGUGGACAUUUAGCUAAAUUGGGUCCCCCUUCCUCACCCCUCCCACCCUGAGUUUUUCUUAGAAUCUUUGUAAGAAAAAAAAAAAAAGACAGAAAAAAAAAACCCUCCCCUUCAGCUAAUCCC